AUGGGAAAUGCUUCAGAUACAUCGUCUGUGUUUGCCUCCAGAAUCUCCAAGGAGCACGACAUCAUGAUGGCUUCGCUCUACAGCGUAUUUUGUACACUGUCCAUCAUGGGCAACUGCGUUUUGCUACUUGUUGCCCAUCACAAGCGAUCGACUUUGAAACCAGCGGAGUUCUUCAUCAUCAACCUCUCCAUCAGCGACCUUGGGAUGACGCUCACUUUAUUUCCAUUAGCCAUACCAUCAGCUUUGUCACACAGGUGGCUGUUUGGAGAAAUCACCUGCCAGCUCUAUGCCAUGUGUGGACUGUUAUUUGGUGUUUGCAGCUUGACAAACCUCACAGCUCUCUCCUUAGUGUGCUGCCUUAAAGUCUGCCUCCCUAACUAUGGGAACAAGUUUUCCUCCUCACAUGCCCGCCUCCUGGUGGCUGGAGUUUGGUGCUACGCGUCUGUUUUUGCUGUGGGGCCCUUGGCACAGUGGGGCCAUUACAGUGCUGAACCUUAUGGCACAGCCUGCUGCAUUGACUGGCAUGCACCCAACCACGAGCUUUCAGCUUUGUCUUACAUUGUCUGCCUUUUUGUUUUUUGCUAUGCACUGCCCUGCGUCGUCAUCUUCCUUUCCUACGCUUUCAUUCUGCUGACUGUGCGGGGGUCACGUCAGGCCGUUCAGCAGCAUGUCUCACCACAGACCAAGACCUCAAAUGCACACACUCUCAUUGUGAAGCUGUCUAUAGCGGUCUGCGUAGGUUUCCUCGGUGCCUGGACCCCUUAUGCUGUUGUUGCCAUGUGGGCUGCUUUUGGUGAUGCCACACAAGUUCCUCCUUCUGCAUUUGCUCUAGCCGCUGUGUUUGCCAAAUCCUCUACCAUCUACAACCCAGUGGUGUACCUCCUGUGUAAGCCCAACUUUCGCGAGUGCUUGUACAGAGACACAUCUGCGUUACGGCAGAUGAUCCACAGAGGCAGCCCACGACCACAAGAAGGGUUUGGCUUCACAUCGCAAUGCAACAAAGACACGAGUGCCUCCAUGAGAUUCUCAAAUGAGCAGCAGGAGACCUAUGGGGCAUGCCUGAACUGCACUGAGAAUGCCGCUCUGCAUCAUUUCACUGCGCCUCAAAAGACUGCCUGCAUCCUGACAGGAUCCACCGCCACAGAGGUGACAGUCAGCCAGAUUUCAGCCAAACAACAGACCGUUUUUCUCUAA